CCACUGUGCUGGGGAUGAGGGGCGGGGCCUCGAGCAGGAAGCGGCCUGGAAGGAGGAGCUGACGCCGCGGACUGUGGGCGCUCGGAGGGUCGCGGCCCGAGGGUGGGGCCGAUGUGGGGCUGGGAGACUUCCAGGGAGUGGCGGCUCGUGGGCGAGGCCUGGAGGCGGCGUUGGUGGGUGCGUGGUGGCGAGGCGUGGCGCGGAGGUGCGGUUGGUCAGUUGGUGGUGAGCGUGGCCAGGCCAUGGCCCUGCCGCUGUGCCUGCAGCUGAAGGCCGCGCUGGCCCGCAGCUGCCUGCAAUGCCAUGGCAACUUCUUGGCGUUCUUCACCCGCCAUCACAUGAACCUCAACUCCUGGUAGGGGGACGACAUCCCCGUGUCGGUGCUGCUCACCGACCGGAGCCAGGACAUAAUGAAGGCGCUGCACUUGGCCAUCCCAUCCCCGCGAUCGGUGCCCCGGGAAAAGCUGAAUCAAGUGGCAAACACCGUGUACCAGUAGCUGGAUCAGCUGUACCAGGGGAAGAUGUAUUUCCCAGGGAUUUCCCCUAAGGAGCUUCACACCAUCUUCUGGGGGCGGGUGCACCUCAUCCGGAAUGCCACCAACCUAGGAGGAACCCCCACUCCCAUGAUGGAUGUACCCCAGUGGAGGGACCUGGGGGUCAUGGGGUUAACCAGGGCCCAGUCGUGUCUUUCAGACAGGGCACCAGCACAAGGUGAGCUCCCCCUCUCCAAAGCCCUGGCCAGGUGGGAGUUGGGUGGGGACAAAACUUUGAGGGUCUGUCUGCAGCCCUGUCACAUGCCCCACAUGGGAGGCGAGGCCCAGGCCCCUAGCAAACACCUACCAGUUAGGUUGAAGUGGGAUGGGAGAGGACGUACUGAGGCACCUGUUUCUCUCUGCAGCCUGAUAUCACCAAGCUUCGUGGGUCUGGAGCCCCCACACCCCAUCACCCUGACACUGGACAAUGCUUCUUCUGAGUGCUGACACAGCGCCGAUAGCCAUCGGGCCCACCGGACCCACCCCAGCUGCAGUGUGGGGCUGGGACUCAGCUGGGCUGUCCCAGCCUGACUCUGGAGCAGGCUUGCAGCUCUCUGGGGGUCCCUGCACAAGCCCAUCAGAG